AUGCUAACUAUCGAGCUCCUAGACGUCCUUCCGUCCUUUUGUCCCGCCCAGCUCGUGCCUGAAGAAGGCCCAGGCGAGAAAUUCGCGGACGUUGUCAGCGAGCGGGAGACCGACUUUGAGGCAGCUGAAGAGGCGCGUCUGGAGGAUGGUAAUACUGGCGAGGGGCGGCGGGGCGUGCUUGGCGGAUGUGGCGUGUGGCAGGUGUGCGAGAUAGACCGACAAUGGCAGCUUGCUCAGGGGAUAGAAGAAGUAGAAGUGAUGGAGAAAGGCGGCUGCUAUUCGCUGCCCACCGUCACUGGAAAUGAACGCAAGGGUAGCACCGCUUACGGGAAUGUGUGCUGGAGGACGAGCAGCCUAUACGAGGCGAACAGGACGACCAAUCAGCAGACUGACGGCAGGGGCCAGAUGAAAGCUUCCAGCACUCUGGCGCCGAUGAAUUUGAGUCUUGGGAGCAAGGCUUUGACCGGCGAGGCGAAAGCUGGCACUGCCUUUUCGAGUCAGGGAGGACACCGCCUCGGUUGGCAGGCGCAGGUGCAGGUGUUGCGGUCAUCCCUGCUCAAGUAUCUCUCCAUCCCUAUAUUUUAAUUUAUUUGAGCGACAGGAAGGAUAACUUGACAUGCACCCCGAAGGCAGCGGUGGCGGUCCAGUGAGCGAGAUGUGUAAGUGUCUGUCCAUUUUGGCGGAUCCACCUGCAACGCCAAAAAUGAAGUGUGUUGAAACCAAUGAUGCACAAACUACAAGCGCACAGACUGCCGAUUCGAACGCCAGCAGGUGCUCAGAGGGCCUGUGCGUAAAAAAUAUAGGGGUGGGGGCUUUCAUCGCUGCGAACAAGCAGAAGGCCAGGCGAACGAACGAACGAGAGCAGCGCGAGCAGCCCCACUACCUUCUAGCAGGGCACACAAGUCAUAGUGUGGCGCGACGUGAUGUGAGCGGCACAUGCACGAAAUCCCACAGACCCACACGACGCACGGCUCCUGCAUUGGCAGCGGCUCGUUGUCGGACAGUCUGCACAGGCCCUAGUCGCUGGAGCAGACUCUGCAGUUGAACUCCCUCUUCU